AUGACCGACAUAAUCACUCUCUAUGACAUACCUGGAAACUCUGAGAAAUGUAAAGCAUGGUCGCCUAGUACCUGGAAAGCCCGGUUCGCCCUGAACAUCAAAGGCAUCCCGUAUAAAACUGAAUGGGUCGAAUACCCUGACAUUGGCAAGGUGUAUGAGAAGCAUAAAAUCGAGACCAUAUACAAGGAAGACGACGGCUCGCCCUUAUACACACUUCCCGUCAUCUACGACCCGUCCACGGGGCGCACCGUCGCCGAGUCCUCCGAUAUCGCCAAAUACCUCGACAAGACGUACCCUGACACACGGACACUUUUCCCAAAGGGCACCGCAGCGCUGCACGAGGCGUUCGUGUCAGCGUACGUUCAGGUGCACAAGGCGCUCUACAACAUCGUGUGCUGCGCCGCAUGCUACUGUCUGAAUGAGCGCAGCCAAGUCUUCUACCGUACGACGCGGGAAGAGGACCUGGGCAUGAGGCUUGAGGAGCUGCGGACCGAGAAGGGCUGGGAAGACGCUGAGGCGGCAUUCGGCAAGCUUGCGGACUGGCUCGCCGCCAACGGCGAGGGCCAGGACGACUGGGUCAUGGGCGGGGGAACCAUCUGCUUUGCAGAUUUGCGCAUCGUAUCUGGCCUGAUGUGGGCGAAGACGACAUUAGGAGAGGAGUCGGAGGAGUGGAGGAGAAUCUGCGGGUGGCAUGGAGGCAAGUGGAAACGGAUUGUGGAGAACUUCGAGCAGUACGCCCACGUAGAUCUGUGA